AUCAGCUCACGUAUAAGCUAACAUGCUAGCUCCAGCCAGGAAAUUCCAGAUUCGAACCGUGAACCAAUGGACUGCGAGGCAGACGUGCAAAACCACUAGGUCUGCAAGGUGUCGCACUGCCUCCGGUUUUCUCUUUGUUGUUCUUUCUCUUCUUCUUCCUCCUCCCUCCGCGCACGCGCCCUCCGUGCGGGGGGAAGUAGGCGGAGCUUUAGGCGCAGUAACUACGCACACCAGCACGAACGCACGGACGCGCGCGCACGCCGAGAAGGAGGACACGCGUAGGCCACGAUGCUCUCCGCCUCGUGAUCGCCCUCUCGUCAUCUUCCUCCUCCGUCCUUCUUCCUCUUCUCAUUCCUCGUCAUUGUCCCGCACGAUGGCGUCGGGCGCGGAAAGCUUUCUUCGCCGCCUGGUGGGACCUCGCACGUCUCUGCUGCUGCUGCUGUCACUGCUGCUGCCGGCGCUGCUCGGCGUGCCUGCGGCGCGCGCGUCCUACCAGACUCAGGGCGGCGGAGAGUGUCAAGGAAAGAUGUGUGCAGGUUCGGGUGCGGCCGAGACGAAGAGUGACCCAGUGGCGUGCGACCGCUCCACUUGCCGCUUCGGAGGCGUGUGCCGAGAUGACCGCUUGCAGCCCAAGUGCGUCUGUCAGUUCCAGUGCCACAAGAAGUACGUUCCGGUGUGCGGCUCCAACGGGGACACGUAUCAAAACGAGUGCUACCGGCGCCAAGCGUCCUGCAAGCAGCAGCGGCUCAUCUCCAGGGUGGCCCACGGACCUUGCGCUGACGAUCCUGGCUCGGGUUCCGGAAAUUCCGACGAUGAAGAAGAAGACGAAGAAGGUUCUACCACCGAUGUGAUCAAGAACAGCAAGUGCAGUACGUGCAAAUACGGAGCUGAAUGCGACGUCGACGCGGAGGACACGUGGUGCAUCUGCAACAUCGACUGCAGCGGCCACAACGAGAACGCCGUCUGCGCCACAGACGGCAACUCUUACGACAGCCCGUGCUUGGUGCGGGAGGCGUCCUGCAUAAAGCAGGAGCAGAUCGACGUGGAGCACCUGGGCAGGUGCCGAGACAAAGCCAGCAGGAAGGACGACGGCGGCCUUUUCAAAGUCAACGUCCUGGAAACCAAAGGACUGGAGCACAAGGACGGGUUCCACACGGGCAGCUGCGGCGCCGACAGGCACCCGGCCUUAUGUCUGCACGGGCGCUGCGAAAUGCAGCGCGAUGAGGCCGUCUGCAGGUGCGAUUCGGGCUACAAAGGCGUGCGCUGCGAUGAGCUUCAGGACUUCAACGUGCUCUACGUGGUCCCCAGCGGCCAGAAGUUGCAUUAUGUCCUGAUCGCGUCAGUCAUCGGCGCCGUGCAGAUUGCUGUCAUCGCCGCCAUUGUCAUGUGCAUCAGCAGGAAAUGUCCAAAGAACAACCGUGGGCGUCGCCACAAACACAACCUGGGACACUUUUCUGCAGACACUAACUCUCGGAUGGUAUAGCCCCUCCCCCCUCCUUUUUAUUUGUCAAAGAAGCGCCUGUGCUGGAGAAGAUGAGGAGCAGGGGCCGCCUCAUUUUUUCUUCCUUUCUUCCUUGAACAACUUUGAGGAAUGUCGGCGCAUCCUGCGUUCUGAUUUUGGAAACACGGACCACCAAAUGAAAGGUUCAUUUGCGUUCUUUUAACUAACGAUAACAACGAGGACGACGCAUUGUGAUUCUCGCAAUGUCAUAGUUAUGGCGGCACAGUUCUUCUGUUGGACUUAAGUCGGCAUGAUGACGGCUGUUGCGUGGCGUCUUUGCUGUGUUGGCGGUUUCAUUUCUGAUCGCAAUAUGUCACGUUUGGGUUUAGCCGGCUUUUUGGACUUUGUCAGCCUGCUUCCAUUACGUCCAAGGCCUCAACAGGAAAGACAUCUCGGCACUAGCAGGAAUGUUUCUACCAGGGGUUCUCAAACGUUUUGGGUACAGGGACUCAUAAUCAAACAACUGCAUGCAUGUCAUUUUUUUGGGGCGGGGGUGAUGCUUACAGCAGUGCCUUGACUUACGAGGCGCCACUUAGUCCAAAUUGGAGCGACAAGUGUGCUUUUGAGCCUGGAGCCAAACUUUACCACAUCAAUUCACAAUUCUUGCAAUUGAACAACAAGACCAGUAGGUAGCGCUUUAAGCUGUUUUACCAACAGACAAGGGAGGAAAAGUUUUUGCGUUGCUUUAAUAUGCUGCAAUACUGCUGGGUGUGGUUUUUCUUAGGAAUUUGUUUUAACGAAUUUGGGGUGUUUUGGGGCCCCUGGAACAGAUUUAUUCCAUUUGUAUUUAUUUUAAGGAUGAGAGAUGAUUUGAAAAUUGAACUUGUAUCUCAUGGCACCAAAGUUUUUUUUGUUGGUGGGAUGAAAACUAGUAAUUUUAUGCAAAUUUCUGUUCUCCUUUGUGUGCUCUGCGAUUGGCUGGCGAACUAGUUCAGGGUGUCCCCCGCCUACUGCCCAAAGUCAGCUGGGGUUGGGUCCGACGCGCCCGCGAUUCAGAUAAUGGGUGGAUGUAGACAAAGUCAGUCUUCAGAGAUGGAAAUUGGAUAACAUGAGGAUAGUAAUGUCAAAGACAUACUUUAAUAGCUGGAGAGAAAACAUUGUUUUGCAGAGCCCUCACAUUCCAGCUCGCUGGCAUCCUGGUUUAGGGGAUCCCAGUUUGAGAACCACUGGCACACACAAACACAAAUGCACACGCCCGAACACACACUUUAGUCCCAGGCCAUUAGCGCCUUUAGCUUUGCAAGCUCUCGCUGUACUUCUUAUUCCUUUUGCGCUUAUUUGACAGCAUAAAUGUUUUGGGGUUUCUUUUUGUUUUAGGAGAGCCACAGCGACAAUCACAAAACAUUUGUUAGAGUCCGAACAACAAGAUAUUCAUAUAUGGUUGGAAAAGAAACGAUUGUUAUCAUGAUGUUGUGCUGUGUUCAUUAGCAUAGAAUGUAGCAGCCAACUGGCGCUAAGCGGGCGGGGUCAGCGAGGAGGUUAUGAGUUGGAAAACCUGUCUCACAUUCGUCACUUUGUUUUGCUAAUCCUCACCGGCCUGCACCUCAACCCCCCCCCCCGAUGGCGGCCCCCUCCCUCCGUCCCUCCGUCAACGUUUGUCUUGUAGUGAUUGGUCGUCUUAACGUAAUUUGAACGUGUUGACUUGCAUGUUAACUUUUAAUAAAAACUUGUUCACACAAA